UGUUCAUUACUUCAGACUUCAUUCUACAGUCUAUUUAAGUCAGGUUUUGGUAUUUUUGAUGUCUUAAGUAGCGAAGCAGAGGAAGGACGUGCAAUGUCAUGUGCUCUAGUAUGAAUUAGUACGCUCAACAGUUUGAUGUAAUGCAUCUAGAAGGUUUGUGGAAGUACGGUAGACUAGUUAGAGCAGAUCUUAACCUUCAGAAGGGUCUUUUUCAUGGUUAAUCAUCAGUGUUUUCUGGACACUUACGACGUCCCCACAGCACACUUUUGGUCAGUUUCUGGAUAUAAACUGUGUGUGUGAAACUAUUUGGACGAAACUGGUCCCCAUAAGAAACUCGUACAUUGUGUGUAAAAUGUCCCCACUAAGCAUUUUGGGUUUAAGUUGUGUGAUAACAGACUGGGCUUGGCUGGCCAGAAAGAAAACUACAUUUAUGUUCAUCACUUCAGACUCCAGAAUUGAAAAAUGACAAUUGAUUGAUUGUCAAAAUUCGUAGCUAUUUCUAAGUACUCAUUAAUUACCUAAUUGUUGCUGUUCUUCAUAUUUCUGUUUACUGUAUGUUUUUCAAUUUUAGAUGAGAGACACAGUUCUGGAAGAUUUGGGGACUGAUGAAUCCAUAUCAGAGAGUGCAGAUCAGAACGUAAAGUUCAAGUCCAAUCCUUUACAGUCAGACAACAAGAUUGAGGACAACACUCAUGAACAGAUGAGAGACACAGUUCUGGAAGAUUUGGGGACUGAUGAAUCCAUAUCAGAGAGUGCAGAUCAGAACGUAAAGUUCAAGUCCAAUCCUUUACAGUCAGACAACAAGAUUGAGGACAACACUCAUGAACAGAUGACAGACACAGAUGAAGAUUUGGUGAUUGAUGAAUGCAUAUCAGAGAGUGCAGAUGAUUACAUUCCGGAUACCACUUCCGAAAGUGACACUGACAGUGAUGCUAGCCCUCCCCAAAACCGCAGGAUCAAAAGAAGUCUUGAUUAUACACUUGACAUCGUUCGUUCAUUGAGUCCCCCUGUCUGUGACACCACAACACCAAACGUGAUGACCUUUGACAGAAAUGUCUUUAUAUCUGAAGCCACUGGAGCAGAAGAAGAACCCUGUUCUAGUCAGAACAUAAAUGACAGCAUAGUUGUCAGAUCAUGCCAUAACAUAGGUAGGAAAAGAGUUUACGACAAGAGACAUUAUUGUUUGUAUUGCUCUAAGCCAUAUGCUAAGAUGGCAAGGCAUCUAGAAGCUUCACAUGAAACCAAAUCUGAUGUGGCUAAAGCUCUAAGCUUUCCAAAGGCUUCCAAAGAAAGAAAAAAACAUCUAGAUUAUAUUCGCAACAGAGGAAACUUUGUUCACAAUGCUGCUGUUAUGGAGUCAGGAAAGGGAGAACUAAUACCGUUUAAAAGACCACCUAAAGAAGCCCAGGGACACGACUUCAUGCACUGUGCAUAUUGUCAAGGACUUUUUUCAAGAAAGAUCCUGUGGCGACAUAUGCGUAGCUGUAGACUUAAACCUGGAUCAGUCCCCCUCAAACCAGGAAAGAACCGUGUUCAGUCUAUGUGCACAUACACAGGACCAGUGCCUUCACACAUUAGUAAACAACUGUGGAAAGUAAUCAGUGUCAUGAAUUCUGACCCAAUCACUGAUAUAAUAAAAAAUGACCAUGUCAUUAUUGAAAUUGGGCAGCACUUGUUAAGCAAAGGUGGUAUUUCAGCCAAGAAUCACCAGUUUGUGCGAGAUAAGAUGCGAGAAAUGGGAAGGCUAGUUGAAAGUGCGUUGAAAGUCACCACCUUAAAAAGAAUGGAAGAUCUCAUAAAUCCCAAAAAGUACAUUGAGACCAUCAAAGCUGUCAAGUUUACAUGUGGGUAUGAUAGUGAAGCAAACAAGUUUGUGAUUCCAUCACUAGCAAAUAAACUUGGGAAUACCCUGGUCAAAGCAAGCAAACUAUUAAAAGCUCAAGGUUUAAUCUCUAACAACAAAGAGCUUGUGAAGAAUGCCACUGAGUUUCAAGAGGUCCAUCAGGAAAAGUGGAAUGAGAUGAUCUCAGCUACAGCUUUAAGGAACAUCAGGGAAGCAAAGUGGAAUGUGCCCACUAUCAUGCCCUUUACCGAAGAUGUCCAAAAAAUGCAUGGCUAUCUCAGUCAGGUGCAAGAUAAGUGGUCAAAUUCCCUCUCUGAAACCCCCUCUUCAACAACCUGGAAGGAACUAGCAAAGGUGUGUCUGGCCCAGAUCAUUCUUUUUAACCGGCGCAGGGAAGGAGAGGUGGCAAGCAUGCCUUUAUCUGCGUUUUUAUCAAGAGACUCUUCUGAUCCACAUGAGGAUGUGGACUGGGCACUCUCCGAAGUGGAAAAAAACCUCUGCAGACACUUCUCAAGGAUUGUCAUCCGGGGAAAACGUGGUCGCCCAGUUCCAAUUCUUCUUACCCCAAAAAUGCUGUCUGCAUUAGAACUCCUUGUUAAACAGAGAGAGGCUUGUGGGGUUCUAAAAGACAAUGGUUAUAUGUUUGCAAGACCACAAGCUAUGACACAUUUCCGAGGUUCAGACUGCCUUCGUGCUUUUGCAAAAAGUGUGGUGCAAAGUGUCCAAAGUCACUGA